GAGUGAAACAGUACUAGUGCACUAACAAAUUCUAUUUUACUUUAGAUUUCUACCAACUUGUCUGUGGAAGAUUUGUACUAAUCUCUAAAAUCGUGCGAAAUGUCGGGAUACGUAGCCAGAAAAGGUCCCUUGGUCUUCUCAAAUUUGGGCAAAUGGGCCUACAAUUGGUCUGGCUUCAAUCAAUACGGCCUACACCGCGAUGAUUGUCUAUAUGAGAACCAGGACGUUAAAGAGGCUGUACGUCGUCUGCCCCGUAAAUUGUACGAUGAACGGAAUUAUCGCAUAAUGCGUGCUCUGCAUUUGUCCAUGACCAAAACAGUUCUGCCCAAGGAACAGUGGACUAAAUACGAAGAGGACGUCAAAUACUUAGAACCCUAUUUGAAGGAGGUUAUUAAGGAGCGUGAAGAACGCGAAGAAUGGAAUAAAGACCAUUAAGUGCGUGAUUUAUAAUUUAACUUUAAUUAGAAAAAUGCGAUUUAUUUGGAGAUGUGUAAAUUAAAAAAACAAUAAAGUAGGAAACGAAAAAUUCACAAAGUUUCUAUAAUAUUUUCGGAACUUUGAAAAGCAGUUA